AACUAAUUUCUUCCCAAGACAAAAAAACUCUCACAUUUCAACAAUGAAGCCCUUCGUUACCUCCCAUGUUUUCUCGAUAAUUUGGAGAGUCCUGAUAGUGGCCCUGCUGGGCCUGGGAGGGGCGGAAUGCCGAGAGGAGUACUCGGCCAUAAGCUGCCGCAAGCACAGCGCAUCGAUCACUGACUUCGGAGGCGUCGGAGACGGGAAGACGUCCAACACCAAGGCCUUCAACAAGGCCGUGGCGAGCCUCAGCAAGCUGGCUGCCGAUGGUGGGGCCCAGCUCAUCGUUCCAGCCGGGAAGUGGCUGACCGGCAGCUUCAACCUCACCAGCCACUUCACCCUGUAUCUCCAUAAGGACGCCAUCAUUCUUGGUUCCCAGGACGAGUCCGAGUAUCCGUCUAUUCCGGUGCUUCCUUCAUAUGGAAGAGGAAGAGAUGCCCCUGACGGAAGGUACGCCAGUCUAAUAUGGGGUACGAAUCUCACCGACGUAGUAAUAACAGGAAAUAAUGGAACUAUAGACGGACAGGGUGCCUCAUGGUGGAAGAAGUUCAAGUCCGGGAAAAUGAAUUUGACCCGACCAUAUUUGAUCGAGAUCAUGUACUCGGACCGCAUUCAAAUCUCCAACCUCACGCUCAUCGACUCGCCGAUGUGGUUUGUCCACCCAAUUUAUAGCAACACCAUCGUGGUUCAAGGACUGACUAUUCUAGCACCAAUUCAUUCUCCAAAUACUGAUGGAAUCGAUCCAGACUCGUGCUCGAACGUAAGGAUCGAGGACAACUAUAUAGUCUCUGGAGAUGACUGCAUUGCAGUGAAGAGCGGGUGGGACACGUACGGCAUCAAGGUCGGGAUCCCGACAGAGCACGUGGUUAUCAGGAGGUUGACUUGCAUCUCCCCUUACAGCGCCACCAUUGCUCUGGGGAGUGAGAUGUCCGGCGGGAUCCGGGACGUGCGGGCCGAAGACAUCACGGCGAUCAACACUGAGUCAGGGGUUAGGAUCAAGACUGCCGUGGGUCGCGGCGGCUAUGUGAAGGACAUCUUUGCCCAGAACUUGACCAUCAAUACAAUGAAAUAUGUCUUCUGGAUGACCGGCUCAUACGGCUCCCACCCUGACCCGAGUUUCGACCCGAAGGCUCUCCCGAUGAUACAGAACAUAAAUUACAGGUAUUGGUCGGCCGAGAAUGUGACUUACUCCGCCCAACUGGACGGGAUCAAGGGUGAUACCUUCAGGGACAUUUGCAUCUCCGAUGUCUCGAUUGGACUCACUGAGAAGCCGAAGGAGGUCCAGUGGAACUGCACCGAUGUGUCGGGGGUCACGAGCAAUGUUACUCCGAAGGCCUGCGAUGCGUUGCCAGAGAAGGAGGGAGUCAAGUGCAAUUACCCUACCGAUCGGCUCCCAGUCGAGGACCUCCCUCUCCUAAAAUGUAGCGCUUGAUUCCGACCUCAGUUAAUUAAACCGAUCAAUUAGAUUGCCAACAAUGCAAGUGUUUGCAUAAGUUUUGCAGGAUAUACUAAACGAGCUGGUGAUUUAAAUUAUUCGAGUAGAAUAAAAUUGUCUCUUCUCAAUUUCCCUAGUUUCAUGGGAA